CGAAGGAUGGGGUGUGUCAAUAGUCGAGCAGACAUUAACGACCUCCAUCCAAAUAUCUUUCAAGUGAUGAAUGUCGACGAAUUAGGCAACUUGAUAACACCCGGCCGUUUGGAAGUUACUGAUAUGGACAUUGUGUUGUAUCAGUGUGGUAAACAGCCUGUGAAGUGGCCGUUACGUUGUUUACGCCGUUAUGGUUACGAUGCCGAAAUCUUCAGUUUUGAAUCUGGUAGACGCUGCUCCACUGGACCUGGCAUUUAUGCUUUCAAGUGUAGGCGAGCUGCACAACUCUUCAAUCUUGUUCAAACAAAUAUUCAGUGUUACACGGCGGCCGAGUGGCUACCCAGAUCGGGGGAUGUUUGCAGAUGCCUCCGAGCAGUUCGAUGAUUAUAUGAGAAUUAACUCGUACGCACGUGUGACCAGUUGAUAAUUUAGGAAAUAAGGCA